GAAGUUUCCAGGUCCUUAAAACAACCAAAGGACUGAAGAGAUGUACCUCAGGAAGUAAUAUUUCUUCAAAGGAGUUUCCAGAUUGUUUGAACUUCUCUGGCCGCACAAUACAGGAAGGAAGACUGAAGCAGCACAGAGACCUACAGCGUCUGCAGCAUGGGCUGGUUCACUGGGAUUGUCUGUCUUUUCUGGGGAGUAUUACUUACAGCAAGAGCAAACUAUCAAAAUGGGAAGAACAAUGUGCCAAGGCUGAAAUUAUCCUACAAAGAAAUGUUGGAAUCCAACAAUGUGAUCACUUUCAAUGGCUUGGCCAACAGCUCCAGUUAUCAUACCUUCCUUUUGGAUGAGGAACGGAGUAGGCUGUAUGUUGGAGCAAAGGAUCACAUAUUUUCAUUCAACCUGGUUAAUAUCAAGGAUUUUCAAAAGAUUGUGUGGCCAGUAUCUUAUACCCGAAGAGAUGAAUGCAAGUGGGCUGGGAAAGACAUCUUGAAAGAAUGUGCUAAUUUCAUCAAGGUCCUUAAGGCUUAUAAUCAGACUCACUUGUAUGCCUGUGGAACAGGGGCUUUUCAUCCAAUUUGCACCUAUAUUGAAAUUGGACAUCAUCCUGAGGACAACAUUUUUAAACUGGAGGACUCACAUUUUGAAAAUGGCCGUGGGAAGAGUCCUUAUGACCCUAAGCUGCUGACAGCAUCUCUUUUAAUAGAUGGAGAAUUAUACUCUGGCACUGCAGCUGACUUCAUGGGGCGAGACUUUGCUAUAUUCCGGACUCUGGGGCACCACCACCCAAUCAGGACAGAGCAGCAUGAUUCCAGAUGGCUCAAUGAUCCAAGGUUCAUCAGUGCUCACCUCAUCCCAGAGAGUGACAACCCUGAAGAUGACAAAGUAUAUUUUUUCUUCCGUGAAAAUGCAAUAGAUGGAGAACAUUCUGGAAAAGCUACCCAUGCUAGAAUAGGUCAGAUAUGCAAGAAUGACUUUGGAGGACACAGAAGUCUUGUGAAUAAAUGGACAACAUUCCUUAAAGCUCGGCUGAUUUGCUCAGUGCCAGGCCCAAAUGGCAUAGACACCCAUUUUGAUGAACUGCAGGAUGUAUUCCUAAUGAACUCUAAAGAUCCUAAAAACCCAAUUGUAUAUGGAGUGUUUACAACAUCCAGUAACAUCUUCAAGGGAUCAGCAGUAUGUAUGUACAGCAUGAGCGAUGUGAGAAGGGUGUUCCUUGGUCCAUAUGCUCACAGGGAUGGUCCCAACUACCAGUGGGUGCCCUAUCAAGGAAGAGUUCCCUACCCGCGGCCAGGAACUUGUCCCAGUAAAACAUUUGGUGGGUUUGACUCUACAAAGGACCUUCCUGAUGAUGUUAUAACCUUUGCAAGAAGUCAUCCAGCCAUGUACAAUCCAGUGUUUCCUAUUAAUAACCGUCCAAUAAUGAUCAAGACAGAUGUAAAUUACCAGUUUACACAAAUUGUAGUAGAUCGAGUGGAUGCAGAAGAUGGCCAGUAUGAUGUCAUGUUUAUUGGAACAGAUGUUGGGACCGUUCUUAAAGUAGUCUCAAUUCCUAAGGAGACUUGGCAUGAUUUAGAAGAAGUUCUGCUGGAAGAAAUGACAGUUUUUCSGGAACCAACUACUAUUUCAGCAAUGGAGCUUUCCACUAAGCAGCAACAGCUAUAUGUUGGUUCCACUGCUGGGGUGGCCCAACUCCCUCUGCACCGAUGUGAUAUUUAUGGGAAAGCUUGUGCGGAGUGCUGCCUGGCUCGAGACCCRUACUGUGCCUGGGAUGGUUCCUCAUGCUCUCGCUAUUUUCCUACUGCAAAGAGACGCACAAGACGACAAGAUAUAAGAAAUGGAGACCCACUGACUCACUGUUCAGACUUACAACACCAUGAUAAUCAUCAUGUCCACAGUCUUGAAGAGAGAAUCAUUUAUGGAGUAGAAAAUAGUAGCACAUUUUUGGAAUGCAGUCCAAAGUCACAGCGAGCAUUGGUUUAUUGGCAAUUCCAAAGACGAAAUGAAGAGCGAAAAGAAGAGAUCAGGGUGGAUGAUCAUAUCAUCAGGACAGAACAAGGGCUUCUGCUCCGUAGUCUACAGAGGAAGGAUUCUGGAAAUUACCUGUGUCAUGCUGUGGAGCACGGAUUCAUGCAAACUCUCCUUAAAGUGACCCUGGAAGUCAUUGACACAGAGCAUCUAGAAGAACUUCUUCAUAAGGAUGAGGAUGGAGAUGGCUCCAAGACCAAAGAAAUGUCCAACAGCAUGACACCUAGCCAGAAGGUGUGGUACAGAGACUUCAUGCAGCUCAUCAACCACCCCAACCUGAACACAAUGGAUGAAUUCUGUGAACAAGUUUGGAAAAGGGACCGAAAACAACGUCGGCAAAGGCCAGGACAUACUCAAGGGAACAGUAAUAAAUGGAAGCACUUACAAGAAAAUAAGAAAGGUAGAAACAGGAGGACCCACGAAUUUGAGAGGGCACCCAGGAGUGUCUGAGCUGCAUUACCUCUAAAAACCUCAAGUAGAACCUUGCCUAGACAAUAACUGGAAAAAAAUGCAAUAUGAACUUUUUUCAUGGCAUUAUGUGGAUGUUUACAAUGGUGGGAAAUUCAACUGAGUUCCACCAAUUAUAAAUUAAGUCCAUGAAUAACUUUCCUAACAGGCUUUCUUCCUAAUACCAACACCUAACAGAGAUCACAGGUGAGCACAGAUGUUCACUUUAGCAGACUUUAUGUUUCCUAUGAGAUUUCAUUGUACAGGUUUCGCUUUCUUCCUUGCCUGAGAAAUAAAAACAUCAUUUGCCAUAUUGCCAUCGAAAGGAGAAAAACUGCAUCAGCAAAGCCAUUUGAUUGAACUGAAAGUUUAAAAUAAACUGCAUGGAUUUACUAAGCUGAUGAAUAUUCCAAAAUGUGGUUGGAUUCAAGGAUACUUUUUGUCUACCAGCACUCGUGUUUGUAUGUACUGGAGGAGUGAAAUAAGUAAAAUGAUACUGAAUGAAAUGUUCUGUGGAAAUAUAAAAAAACAUAAGCCAUCCAUCAUCCAGAAGAAAAAAUGGAAUACACUGAUCUACUACUGAUGUCUUCUUUCAGCUUUGAUCUAAAGAUGUAUUUUAUUAAAACUAUAAUUUAAAUGUACCAUGACAAAUAAGCAGUAAAAAUUAGCUGUUUUCUAAGCUAGAGUAGGUUUUUGUCUUACAAUUAUUAUGCUAUAUAGUUUGUUUUAAAAAUUCCAUUUGUGUGCUGCUUGUUUUUUUUUUUUUUAACAUUUUGUUUUCAGUUCUAGCAGGGAUAGCUGAUGUUACUCUAGAAACAUAUACAUCAUUAACUGUUAAUGUCCAAAACAGGAUGUAAAUUAUGCCUUAUUUCUCAGAGGAAAUCAAACAAAUGGAAGCUAUUGACACCUCCUCCUUUUAAAGUAUUAUUUAAAUUAAUUCUAACUUGCAUAAUGUUUUACAAAAAAACAGAGCAUUUAACCAGCCAAAACAAAGGGAAAAAAACAACAUGAUUUGUUAAAUGCAUUUUAUUAUAUCUAAAGGAUCAACGAAGAGAAAAUGAACUGUACAGCUCAUGAAAAUAAGCUUUUUCUUAAUAUAGUGUUAAUAGAAAAUGCUCUUAAUUCUGUGCUUGAAUCUCAGCAUGAUAUUUUAGACAUAAAAUUUCUCUCAUGAUUCCACUAAGAAUUGUAUAAGCCACUUAAUGAUUCAUGAAAAGAGAGACCAAUAGUAUCCAGAAUAACUUUCUAAAGACAAAUUCCCAACUGUUUUGGUCUAAAUCAGCUGUCUCUUAUCUCACUUUUUUUAAAUACAAUUAUCUGUAUGAAGAACACAUCAUUCUUCUCAGGUCAAUGGGAAUGACUUAAACUAUUUUCCAGAAUACAACCCACACUUAAGAAAAUGUGAAACUCUUUGUUUCCUCACAAAAUAAGGCAAACGAUUUUUAAUUAAGGAUUUGCCUACUUUGUUGUCCCAAGAUGAUUCCUUAAGAAUCAUGGACUUCAAUAUGCCCAAGACUUUCAGCAUUAUAAUACUGUUCUUUUAGCACCUCACUCCCCUAGGUCCUUGUCACACAAAAAAUGUAAAGGAAGAAAUAUCUUACUACUAAUUAAUGAAGUGACAUUGAAGUUUUAACUCCAGUUGUCUUGGGAUUCUAAUUAACAGCACUAAUUUCUCACCUCAGACUGCAGUGCAUUGUUACUCCCCAUCAGCUGAAAUAUUUCCCAGAUGGAAGCUCAUGUUUCAGUUUUAAUGAUUAUUUGAAUAAAUAAUUUGUUGACACUUGUUCAAAUAAAAGCCUAAAAGUAUUCUACAUCCAAUUUUAGGCUCCAUUGACUUAAAUGGUGUUGCUUUUGGAUGUGCAUCCUCAAAUGGAAACUGGAUUGUUAAUCCGUUUGAAGAAUACACUCCUGUACAGAAAAAAAGUGUUUGAAAUAUAAGUCAAAGAACAAAGAGUGCUCCAAAAUAGGUCAUAUUUUGGUAGAGUAUCUUAAAGGUACUAAAAUUUAGUUGUAGCAUUUUGUUCUAAAUUUGCAGCUGAAACAAAUUUAUUCACAAUAACAGAAGUAUCUUAUUUCUUCUUAGUGUUUAAAAAUAAAGGAUUUGAAGGGAUGGAUAUUGUAUGGUAACUUAUGGAUGCCUUCCAAAACCUGAAUGCAUUCUGGUUAGCAUUAUGAAAUAUCAAUAGAAAAAAGUCUAGAUUUCAAUUAGAAGCAUCAAAAAAAAAUCUACUGGCAUGACUUUAUAAACCAUCAGAUCUAAAUUUUUGAAUACAAUUAUAUGUAUAACUUGCAGAUAAUUAACUCAUUACAGUCAUCAUUUUCUGCUGAUGUGUAUUGAGAAGGGGCAGUUUGCACGAAGUAGAAUUAAUGUCCCAUUUAAUAAUUCAGCUUUAAUAGACUUUGGCAUAUGCAUGUAUCAUCAGAGAUGAAACUUGGUUAAGAGACUCAUGUGACCUUAGGGAAAUUAUAACAGCAACCUUACAGUAUAAAAAAAAGAUGCAUCACAGCAGAAAAAUUAAGGCCCCAUUGAAAUAAAAUGUAAAAUGUAAAUGCAUGUAGAUGCACACUUAUUGCUUCUUUUUAUGUAUUAUUUAGUGAUUUUUAAUGGUAUGUGUUUAAUAUUUUUGCUACCUACACAUUAGGCAAAAGAGAUGUAAAUAAUUUCAAAGAGGAAGAACAGUGUAAAAUACAACUUUCUAUAGGUACUCCAUUUCAAUGUGUCGAACAUCACCUUAAAAUGCAAGAUUUUCCCACACAGGUGACAAGGUGGUUUAUGUACUUAUAUUUAAGGGCAGAAGGUUUGUGCCCAUUCAACAAGCAUGCUUUUUGCCAGGUAGUAAAUAUGUUCCAUAUCUGUAUUUAUCAUUGCAUUUCAGAUGGGAACUAGAAAACUGGAGAGAAAAAAAUGUAAUGAAACUGCUGCUGUAAAUUAUUCCUUUUAGCAUGUAUUCAGUUGCUAAAUACACAUUUCUUCAAAAUA